GGGCGCUUACAUUACUUCCGCUUUCUAUCUGAACGGUUGCAAGAUGUGGAAUUCUGUGAUUUUCCUGUUUUUAGCAUGUAUUUACGUAAAUGCAGAGCUUCCAAAGAUAAGAUUCGAAUACAAAUACAGUUUUAAAGGGCCACAUUUAGUGCAGAAAGACCACAGCAUCCCAUUUUGGGAAUAUAACGGAGAUGCCAUUGCCAGUGAUGAUAAUAUAAGAAUAACUCCAUCAUUAAGAAGUAAAAAAGGAUCAGUAUGGACAAAGAAUGCAGCAUCAUUCGAGCAUUUCUCUAUAGAAGUUGUUUUCAAAGUCACAGGACGUGGUCGUGUGGGAGCCGAUGGCUUGGCAGUCUGGUUUACAGAGAUGAAAGGAAUCGAGGGUCCAGUUUUCGGAAGUAACGACUAUUGGAAGGGUCUGGCGGUGCUCUUUGACUCGUUCGACAAUGAUGGCCAGCGCCUUGAGGAAGGCAAGCUUAUUAAACAAAGCAAAGGGCACAAUAACCCUUAUAUCAUGGCUAUGGUGAAUGAUGGAACAAAACAGUAUGAGCACCAGAAUGAUGGAAUCAACCAGCAGCUUGGUGGAUGUAUGAGAGAUUUCAGGAACAAACCUUUCCCGAUCCGAGCUAAGAUAGAAUAUUACAACAAAGUUUUAACUGUGUUUUUCAACAGUGGAUUGACCAAUAAUAAGGACGAUUUCGAGCUGUGUUUACGGGCGGAGAACGUAGAGCUGCCCAAGUCCGGAUAUUUUGGUGUCAGUGCUGCCACAGGAGGACUAGCUGAUGAUCAUGAUGUGUUGGCAUUCCUUACUCACUCAUUGGUUCCCCCAGGACAGGAAGUUAAGUCCACUGUUGAUGAUGCAGAAAGGGCAAAAUAUGAGAAAGAAUUCGAGGAAUAUUACGAGCAGUUGGAAAAAGCAAAGAAAGAAUACAAUGAACAACAUCCAGAUAAACAAGGAGGUGAAAAUCUUGAACAGGCAUACGAGAACCAGGCAGACAGAGAGUUGAGGAUGAUAUUUGAGGGACAAAACUUUAUUCAUCAAACAUUGAGAGAACUUAGUAAAAGAUUUGACGAGUUGUUAGGUCGACAGGAACUUGUGUUGUCCAAGGUCACUCAGAUGUCAACAGGGGGCGUGGCUGUGCCUCAAGGCGGGCAAGGGCAACAAGGUGGCGGCGGUGGGUACCCACAGAUUGACACGAUCAAGCGUCACGAGGUGGAGAGAGUGAUCAACACACAGAAUGACAUUAUACAAGAGGCAAGACAAAUCAGACAAGUUGUCAAUGAUGUCCAGCAGAGAGCUAAUUAUAUCCAAAGUAAUUUGGCCCAAGGAGGCGGGCAAGUACAACAAGGAGGUGGAGGAGGAGGCGGGGCUAGCCCACAAUUACAGCUAGCCAUGCAUGAAGUGCAGGAAAAUUUAAGAAUUGUCAAAUCAGAUGUUAGUCAAAUGUUCAAUCGGCCACAGGCUGCAGUUGGAGGUUGCCCUGUACCACCACCAUGUUUAUCACCGGUGUUGUUCUUUGUAGCCAUAGCUUUACAGUGUGUUGUUUUAAUAGGAUACAUGAUAUAUAGACAAAAUAAAGAAAACCAAGCCAAGAAAUUCUUCUAGAUGCAACUUAGUUUUAUAUAUCUUCGUUCAUUCCAUUAUUUGUUACUUUUGCGAAUGGGGAAAAUGUACCCCUGUGUUAGGAAGAAAAAAAACACAUGUUUUGCUUUUUAAAAGAUGCUGCACAUAUAAGUGACACCGACAUACCAAUUUUACAGUUAUCAUUAGUUUUUAUGUGACAUCUAAACAUCAGGUGAUAACUAAAGAACUAUGUUUUGAUUACAUUUUUUUCAUAGUAUAUUAUUUUAGAUUUACUGCAGAAAAUGUUUCUGCUCUAUUUUGCAUCUUUUUAUUACUUUUAGCUUUAACUUUAGAAUUACUGGGUAUUAUAAUCAUUAUAGAUAUUAACAUGUUGUAUGUUACAUAUUUCACACUGGCAUUUCUAUAUUUAGCCCUCUUCUAUCCAUGUGUGGUCGUCACAUAUAGUUUACAGUUACUACACUGUUUUGUGACACAGGAGUACCGGUUUUACUGUUGCAGAUACUAAUAUGAAUGAACAUUUCUUCAUUAUUUUUAUUGUUAUUUGUCAUAAUUAACAUACAUAUGGCAUUUAAAGGAGUUGCUGACUGUGUCAUAAAUUUUCAUUUUUUCAUACAUUCUGACAAUAGUAAAAUUUAAGCAUUGUGAACCAGUCAUAUAACUUGAAAGUCUCCUAUUGGUUGAAAAUUAAGUCAUGGUUUAAAUCUGACCAAUGAUAGAUCUACUCCAAUUCUUUUUGACAGGGUGUUAAAUUUCGUUUUAAGUUUGAUAACAGUUGGACUGUGUCACAAAUAUUUUAUAAGACAGAUAUAUAAUAAAUAGCCUUUUUCUUUACAGAUAUAAUACAGAUAUAUAUAUGUCAGACAAAAGAAGUAAUUAAUAUUAUCAAUUAGUAGUACUUAAAUGUUAGUAUUUUACAUAACAGUGUCAAAAGUAUAAAUUAUUGACAGAUAUAUACAUUUUUUACUGUUGAGAGACUUCAAUGUAUUAAGCCAUAUAUUGCCUUUCAUAGAUGAAUGCUCAGUAAAUUUACAGCCAAAUAUUUAAGAUCAUAUAACCAACUACUGGAACAGGAAGUGCUUUGCUAGCACCAUAGCACUAUAUAAAUCCAGGCCAGCCUUCAGCUUGUGUACCCUGUCCAAGCUCUGUAAGGUCAUUACUUCAAUUGUAUGUGUUUUGAUACCGAAAUCCCAUUAGUUUCAUAUUUUGAAACAGGGCUAAAGGGCUAAUCUGUUACACUAUUUCAGCAAUUUUAGGGUUAUAUAUUUUAUAUAUAUAGUGAAGCAUGUUUUUGCACUGGAUGAUAUAUUAGAAUUUUUUACACUAUGAAGGCCAUAUGUUAGUUAAGGAAAAUUGUGUGGAUUUGAGAUAGACAAAAAUCUUCAAUAACUUUUAUUUUUUUCUUGUAAAUGUCAUGUUCAGGAAAGCUUGGGGUGUAAGUAUCUAAAUUUGGUAUAAUGAGUUGUAUAAUCUAGUGACAAUGUUUCUAUGAACUGUCUUCAGUAAAAACCAAAAUUAAAUUUUAAAUUUAUUUAAAAAAUUAAUUAAAUUUGUGGUCCGCAAAAAUAGAUGCAGAAUGGUUUGCUUAUCAAAGGUGCUUUCAUUUUUCAUUUCAAAUAACAUUACCCAUUCCAUUCCUAUGUUUUUUUCUUUCCUUUAUGUUAAGAAUGGUUGUUUUGGACCAAAAAAGAAAUCAUUCUUAUUGUAUUAUUACAUAUAUGCUGAAGGUUUUUAUUGUACAUGUGUUAGACUGGAUGUUUGGAAAAUCUAUUUUUAGAAUUGAUUGUAUGUGGAAAGUCUAUUUUUAGAAUUUAUGGAUGUGCUAUUUUUAGCUUUUACGGAGGAGAGGUACUCAAUAUAUCAGAUAUUUGUUAAUGAUAAAUAGUUGUUGUUAUAAGAAUUGGUAAAAUGUGUUAUUAAAAGUUUGCAUGAAAUGUAUGUAUGGAAUGAUGUGGUAAAAUAUUGUCCAGUGUAUAUAAGUAUGGGAUAUAAAUUAUUUAGGUAAUAUUUAUAUUUAAAAGAAGAAAAAAGCUUUUAGUGAAUUAUAAUAUUAUUUAUCAUCUUUAAGUGCUAAAGAAAAAAAGUUUAAGUCUAGUCAAAGACUGGACUGGUAAAAUUCUAAAAUUAGAACUGAGUUAAAGUGAAUUGGUCUGUAGUUUGCAUGUUUUCCAUAUGACUAUUUUAAAUAUUGAUAAAAAAAUGGAAACGUAUCAUUCAGAUGUUCUUGUUCAAUAUUGCUUGAAAAAAAGAAAUGUUGAUAGAGUUCUUAGUGUUUUAAUUUACACAUUUAUAUGAUGGAUAAUAAUAUUUUAUUCUGGAACGUUUUAUUGAGGGUUAUAUAUUUAUAGAUAUGGUGAAACCUGUUAUCACAUUGGAUGAUAUAUAAGAAUUUUUACACUAUGAUGGCCAUAUGUUAUGGAAAAUUAUGUGGAUUUAAGAAAGAAAAAAAUAAUUCUCAAUUUCAGAGAGCGCUUAGUAGAGAAACUGAUAGCGAACAGCAUGGAUCCAGAUCAGACUGCGCGGAUGUGCAGGCUGGUCUGGAUCCAUGCUGGUCGCAAACCCAUUAUGUUGGUUUUGUCGUGACGCGGCUAAUUUCAAAGUUUGUUGCCACAUAUUAUACACAGUACUAUCACCCAUAACUAUUUAUGGUAUAACAGACCUUCUACGGACCAAUUCACUAUUAAAUGAAUUAAAGAAUCUACGCAAUUUUCUUAUUUUCUUUGAAAAUGAUUAUACAAAUUUGAUUAGAAAUGUUUAGAAUAUCACAUAAUUUCAUACACUUACAAAAUUAUGUAUUAUUAUGUUUAUACUGUGAAAUAACGGUGUUUGAAAUGCCACUUUCGUACAGCGCAAAUUGAAAAAAUAUAAAACGAGAUAGGAUGUUGCAGUGCAUAUUGAAUUAAGAUUAUUUUAUUGGAAUAAAUUAUUAAAGUUGUAAGUUUGAAAUUAAAGGUGUCAUGUGUUAUGUGUAUAAAUGACAAGUAUGUGUGAAUGUAUUAUUACGUUCCAAAGGAUUGUUAAAAAGAAGAUUCUGUCACCAAUAUGUGUUGGGAAAUUUUAUAUUUGGAGAGUUUAUUGCAAAAUUGUUGAUUUUUUUUUUUUUGUGAAAUUAUUAUGAUAUUGAAAUAUUGAAUGAAUACAUAACAAAUAGGUAAAGAUUGUCUGUAGUGUUACGCGGAUGUAUCAUUUUUUUUAUGUAUUUCAUGCAUGUAUCCCCUCUUCCCUACCCCUGUUUUCCUUUUUUUUUUGUCCUACCACAUUUUGUUGGUCACAAAUUAUCUGUUUUAUGCUGAAAACCAUAUCUCUUUCAAAUCGGUUAAAAAAUGUAGAAGGAACAAAGUGAAAUUAUUUUACACAGUACUGGAUAAAAUUUGGAUCGAAGUUGAGAUAUUUUUUGAUAUUAGUAAUUCUUGUAGUUUUUUUCCUUGUUAUUAAGAAUUUAUUACAAUGUAUAUAAAGGUUAGAAUAAUUAAGUGGAUGUUGAACAAUUUAUUUUAUAACUUUGGUUGUGAGAAUUAUAGUAUACUGAAAAUAAUGUGAUUUUUGCAUUAUUUUCAUCAAUUUGUAUCAAACUUUUCAGCGUGGUUAAAGCUUCAACUCUGAAUGAGGUUAUCAAAAGGCGAUAACAAUUUUUUCGUCCAUUGAGUUCAUUUCAGAUCAUUUGUCUCAUUUCUGAUCAUUUGACUCAUUUGUUAUCUUUGAGCUAUUUUUCAUUCACUUUUGGUCAUUUUUUGAUCUUAGGGCUUAUUUCAGCUUAUUUAGCUUAUUUAUUGUCAAUAAGUUCCUUUCACAUUUUGGGGGUCAUUUUCUGAACUUUGUGUUAAUUUUCUAUCAUUGAGUUUAUAUUUGAUCUUUGAGUUGGAUUAUUACCAAAAUAAUGUGUAGAUUUUAAUAUGUAAAUACAGCGGUAAAGGGUGUUGUAUAUUUUUCUCCUAUUUAUUGUGCUUUGUUUUUUGUAGAUAUCUGUUACGUUGAGAAUGUUAGAACUGUGUUUUGAAAGUUUUUACUUUUUUGGUAUUGAGUGACAGGCGAUUGAUUUUCGAUAUUUGUUUUUAACAAGCCAAUGAAAAAAUUAUAUGCUUGAAUUGACAGCUGGCCACUAUUGUGUAUGAUUACGGAAUACAUAAUUACGUAUAUAUUUUUUAUAACUGGUCAAUUUCUGAGGGUUUAUUUGUGAAACAUUAUAAUAGACAAUAAUGAAAUGAUGGCCGAGUUAGCAAGAUAUAGAAGUAUAUAUGGUGUACAUGUUGGCAUUUACAUAAAGUUUAUUUGGAGAUCUCGAGGGGGCUAAAAUGUUUUGACAAAUAGAAUAUGCCAUAUUUUUUUUACACCAUUAUGCAUUGUUUUAUCAGAGAUUUCGAAUGAGUGCCGGGAAAAUGUAAAUAUAUUGUAAAGUCAGAAAUUUUCACAAUGGGUUAAAAUCUCACUCAUUUCGCGAAUUAAGAUUUUUUGUGAAAAUAAUUUUAUGUAUAUAAGUAACACAUAAGUUCAACAGAAAUGAAUGAGGAAACUUCAUGAAUUUCAUGAAUAUUUAAUUUUCUAUUUAACCUAAAUAAGCCAAAAAAAGUGAGUUUGCCAACUUGUGGCCACAAAAAAAUAUCUGAUUUAACUUUGUUUGUGAAAAUCUGAGGAGACUCGUCUCUUUAUGUGCUUAAGCAUAUGUAAUCAUUUUAUUUUUUACUUUAAAACAUUUUCAUAAUUUAACAAUUAUAUAACCCAAAAAAGAAAGUUUAAUUGCAAUUUCAUUUAUUUUCUAAGAUUUCAUGUUUUGCCAUAAGUAGAAUGAGUGGGUGGGGUACAGAAUAUUGUCUCAGGCAUUGUUUGAUAUAGGUGCGUGAAUGAUUUAAAAAGAAAAAUGAAAAAAUUCUCGAAUUAAUUGUUCAAAUUUAUUUUGAAAUAUUUUAUUCUCUUGCGUAUAUAAAAGAAUGAAAAAUAUUUUGUUCACAAGUUCAGGCAUGAGUUGAAAAAUGGGACAGUCCAUGUGUUAUGGAAGAUAACUCUUAACUCAAGUUAGCAAAGCCUUUAAUGGGAGGUAACUCUUCAAAAACAGAUUCUAUAUGUACGUCCAGUGCAGACCAAAAUCAGCCCAUUGUCUGAACUGUUUCUUUAUUCAGUCAAAUACAUAUUUUGAAAUUCUCCCUUAAAAUGUUAUCAUGGUUUUGUUCAGAUUGAAAGAUGGGCAAGGCUUAGUAUUUAAGAACUUCAGCUGGUAUAGGGGUUGAAAAUAUUUAUGAUGACUGUGAAAAUACUUGAGUCAUCAUAUUGUCAAGUGUUUUGCCAAUAAUUUGCGGAUAAGCCUUAGAUAUAACCACCAAAACAAACAAAACAAAAUUGAAAGGAAAGAAUAAUGUUAGUAAAUGAAGUGGUAUAGCUGUUUUUAUAAACAUGUUUAGUUAAUUAAUUAGCUUUUAUUUAUUUUUUUUACAUCAUUUAUUAGUGCUGGCAUUAUUAUUAUUGUAUACUAUUUUAUAAUCGGAGAAUUCUUUUUCAUCUAUUAAUAGAAUGUUUCUCCACUUGUGUGAUGAGAAUUUUCUUUUCCCCCAUGCAGUAACUUUUUGACUGCCUUUUAAAAAAAUGUUAAAUAGUUUUGUAGGCUUUGAUAAACAUGUACAUGUAGAUGUAAAUUUAGUUACAGAUUUAGUUCCUUACUUUGUUUACCCGUGGUUACCAUGACAGGUAUAUAUGUAGGUUAGUUAACUAUCUUGAUAUUAUAAAGUUAUUGAAAAAAUCAAAAAAUGUAAAUGUGCUGUGUCAUGAGAAAAAUUGCCAGUACGUCGAUCGGUAAUCAGUACAUACUGAUGGUUAUAUUAUUAUUUAUAAAGAUUUUUACAUGUUAUAUGGCCCAAUAUAAAUAGUUGUAUGCAUAUAUAACUGGAGUCACUAGGCGAGGGUUAUAUGGCAACAUAUAGUUUAUAAGAACGUUACAAAUAUCCAAUGAAAAGCGUUGUUACAAACAUGUAAGACGUUCACGAAGUUUAUAAUGUGAUAAUGAACACUUUACUGGCAGCUUUUCUCGUGACUUGGAGCAUAUUAGUACUUAUGUUACUACUAUAUUUAUCCUAGGGGAAAACUCAUUUGUUACCCGGCUCGAAAAAGAAAAGUGUUCAUAAUGUUUACAAGAUGUACAUUUAGGUGUACAGAACGUAACUAAUGUUACACUUUGUUAAUUGCGAAAUAAGGGCCUUUUAAAGCUAUUAUGUAAAAGUGCAAUUUUGACCAGUUUGUGUUUUAUUUGAAAUUUAAAAAAGAAAGAAACAA